CGGCGGAAGCAAAAAUUCUGGGCCACGAAAUCCAGCCGCUCGAGACGCUUCCGGUUGCCUCAGCGGCGGAAAGGCCCAGAGAGCAGCAGGCUCCCGCGACCACCCACCGACCCCCCAUCCUCACGAUGGCGAGCCCAAUGGUGUCUACUGCCUUCUCGGCGCGUCGUCUCCACACCACCGCCUCCUGCGCAACCCCGGCGAGGGGAGCGAGGCGGCUCGCGGCGGCGGUGCGGGCGUCGGCGUCGGAGGCGAUGGCGACGGAGAAGCUCGGCGUCCGCGUGGAGCGCAACCCGCCCGAGUCCCGCCUCUCCGAGCUCGGCGUCCGCCAGUGGCCCAAGUGGGGGUGCGAGAAGAGCAAGUUCCCGUGGACCUACUCGGCCAAGGAGACGUGCUACCUGCUGCAGGGGAAGGUGAAGGUGUACCCCGACGGCGCCGGCGAGGAUUUCGUGGAGAUCGCGGCUGGGGACCUGGUGGUGUUCCCCAAGGGCAUGAGCUGCACCUGGGACGUCGCCGAGGCCGUCGACAAGCACUACAAGUUCGAGUAGUCUCGGGUUUGAAGGCUAAAGAAAAUUGUAAAUUGUAAAUUGUUUUGAGCUGAAGAAAAUUGUAAAUUAACCAGCUUAAACUUCAUUUAUAGCUGGUAGCCAUCAAAAUCACCCUCAGCUAGAUGAUCUGCUCAACAUCUAUACCGCACAUAUAAUGACAUUAGUAGACAUUUUGGAAUGUAUGUAACCUAUUUGGUGAAUGAAGGCUCAUUUUGCAUUUCCAUCAACUCAUCAAGUAAAUGGGAGUGUUUGGAGCCUCAUAACAAUAGCAUUGCUGCUGCCAGAGAACUGGCACUUCCUCUCCCAUUUUGGGGUCACUUGUUUUACCACCUUG